AUUCGCCUCAUGAGGUGUGGCCCCGUAUAAAUACUGAGCCAUUUCUUUCAAACCCCAUCAUUUCAUCACUUUUCACAUCCCAAGUUCAGCAUGAGAUUAUUACUGAUUUUAUCAUCUACAUUGAUUUUCUCGUCCCUUGUGAAAUGCGGAUACAUCUCUGGACCCCAUUCUGACCUAACUCCUCCACCACCAUCAUCAACAUACGGGGUCGGGUACGGAUCUGGACAAAGCAGCAGCUUCAACUUUGGAUCUGUGAAUGGAUUAUCCUCGUCACAUGGACAAUAUGCAAGUGGGUUCAACUCUGGAAUAUCUACCGGGUACGAUAUUACCGGCAGAGGAAGUAGUUCGAGUGGAAUUGGAUUGGGUUCAUUUGCUGGUCACGGAGGUUUCGGUAGUGGAACCAGCUCGAGUGGUUUCAGUUCAGAUUAUUCGGGAACACUCGGUUCAGGGUAUGCCCAAGGAAUAAAUUCAGGUUACUCAGGUGGCUUGAGCUCUGGAUUGUCUGGUGGAUCUUUAGAUAUUGGUGGAUUUUCUGGAGGAUUUGGCGGUGGUGCAUCCUUUUCACAAGGAGGAAUCUAUGGUUUGAAUAGCUUGUCGCUGGGGUCUCUGGGAAACAUCAAUGGCGGAACUACUUACUCACACCAAACUCAAACGGUCAAAAUUCCUGUACCACAACCAUAUCCUGUCUCAGUCUCUCGACCAGUACCAGUACCAGUGCCAGUACGUAGACCAGUGGAAGUACCACGUCCAGUUCGAGUUGAAGUACCUCAACCAGUCAAAGUAGUCGUUACAAAACCAUAUCCCGUCACGGUCUCGCGCCCUUACCCAGUUCCCGUCAAAGUGAAAGAAUAUGUCAAAGUACCAACCCCUGUGCAUGUCAACGUACCCAAACCUUAUCCAGUAGUGAUAUCCAAACCAUAUCCCGUAUCUGUACCAACUAAAGUAGAAGUUAAAGUACCAGUACCUGUUAAAAUAUAUACCAAUGCUCAAAUUGGUUCCACUUCCAUUUCAAGUGGAUUCGGAUCUGAUUUUGGAUCUGGAUCAGUAGGUGGUGGUUACUCUGGCGGAUCUGGAUUUGGAAGUGGUUACUCUGGUGAUUUCGCUAUUGGAGGCGGUUAUGCAUCUGCGAGUGGAAUAAAUUCCGGAAAUAUAUUUGCAAGUGGAAGCGGAUCUAUUGGAGAUGGAUAUGCCUCCGGAUAUUCUGGUGGAUAUUCAAGUGGAAGUGGGUCUUUUACUUCAAACGGCAAUCUAGAUUCUUUCAAACAAAACUCGUUCAGUGACACCAGUUCUGGAUACGACUCUGGAUCUGGAUUCAACGUUGGACCUGCAUAUUCCUUCGGUAAUUCCCAUUCUGACUGCAGUAAUAGUGUAGUCAGUGAUAAUUCCAAUCAAGGUACAGCUUACGAUAGUAAUGGUGGUUACAAAUAUUGAAUUUUUUCUGCUGACUAAUUUAUCUAGUCUAUUUUUGAAGUGUACGAAUGUUUAGUCUGUAGUAAUAAAUAUUUAUCGAAAA